AUCGUCCACUGCCCGCCGAGACACACAGCCAGCGAGCAUUGAACACUGCACACGGCCAUCUGCCCCGAGAGCAGUGACCACCAUUGCCACUACUAUCUACUCAGAAAGUUGUGACCACUGAGCCGCUGCUGCCUGCCCAGAGUCUUAUCAACAGCCUGCUGAACCUGGUUGCGAUGCCUGAGUUCCUAACUGUUGUCUCUUGGCCGUUCCUGAUUCUCCUGUCCUUCCAGAUUGGCGUGGCCGCUGGAGCCCCCCAGCCAUGGCACUGUGCUCCCUGCACUGCAGAGAGGCUGGGGCUCUGCCCACCCGUGCCUGCUUCGUGUCCCGAGAUCUCUCGGCCUGCAGGCUGUGGCUGCUGCCCGACAUGUGCCUUGCCACUGGGUGCUGCUUGCGGUGUGGCCACUGCACGCUGCGCCCAGGGACUCAGCUGCCGUGCGUUGCCAGGAGAGCCUCGUCCCCUGCAUGCCCUCACCCGUGGUCAGGGAGCCUGUGUACCAGAACCUGCAGCACCCGCCACGAGCACCUUGUCCAGCUCUCAACGUGAAGAGGCAAAGGCUGCUGCAGCCUCUGAGGAUGAGCUUACUGAGAGCCCAGAGAUGACAGAGGAGCAGCUAUUGGACAGCUUCCACCUGAUGGCCCCAUCCCGUGAGGACCAGCCCAUUCUGUGGAACGCCAUUAGCACCUACAGCAGCAUGCGGGCCCGAGAGAUUGCUGACCUCAAGAAAUGGAAGGAGCCUUGCCAACGGGAACUCUACAAAGUGCUGGAGAGAUUAGCUGCAGCUCAACAGAAAGCGGGAGAUGAAAUCUACAAAUUUUACCUGCCAAACUGCAACAGGAAUGGAUUUUAUCACAGCAAACAGUGUGAGACAUCCCUGGAUGGAGAAGCUGGGCUCUGCUGGUGUGUCUACCCAUGGAGUGGAAAGAAAAUCCCUGGGUCUCUGGAGACCAGAGGGGACCCCAACUGCCACCAGUAUUUUAAUGUACAAAACUGAAAGGAGUCAUUUUCUUUCUCCGUGUUCACACAAAAUAUUUAAGUAUAUAGUAUAUUUAUACUCUGGAGCACACCAUUUUAUAUAUGUGUAUAUGUAUAUAUCCAGGAACUAGUUUUUAUACUCCACAUACUGCUUGAUAUAUGAAACCGGUUUGUAUUUAUUCACUCUAAGUUUAUUUUUUCUACACAGUUCUAGUGCUAUAUUAAUUUAUAUACCAUGAAGCUCUUCUGUACAUAUGAAUACCAUAUCUCAGGUCUUCCAAAGUUCUGCUUUGACAGGGCAGAGGGAUACUGCCCAGAACAUGCACAAGCCAGUCUGAGGUAGGGAGCUUUCAGUGGGCUAGGGGAAGGGAAGUUAGCCCACGCUCAGGGAGAUUUCCUCAGCCUACCUCACAGAUCUGUGUCUGAUGCACAUUUUCUGGGAAAGUUCCGACGCUGAUUGUGUAAUCAAAGCUGAAUGUGGAAAGCUGCAUCCGAUACAUUGUUAAACACACAUCUGGAAUAAAUAUUCUACCUGGAAAUACUAUGGAA